UCGCACAAGCAGACAAUAGAAGCGAGAAGGGGCGGACCUCAAACUCCACUAUAAAUUGAAAAAAAAGGCGCUAUAAAAUACAUUUCAAGUCCGUCUUUUCUCCUCGCAUUCCCUCUCGCUUGCAGACCUGACUGAUCGACCACGCUCGUGAGUCGUGUCCCUUGCUGCUCCCUCUCCCUCCCUCCCUCUAUUUAACUGAUUUUCAAGUGUCAAACGGAUAUCUCCUUCUCCAGCUUCGAAUUCCCGCUCAGGCCCUCGUUUCAAAGCCUACUGAAUCGCUUCUCCGUCAUGUUUCCAGAAAGAAUGUAGAAGAGGAUCGCCAACAUCCCGCUCGUGGUCGAUUGCAGCUUCUGUUUCUGUUGAUUCAUUCGGAUCUUUCAGCUUUUCUGGACGCCUAGAGUGAAUUCCGGGGUUAAUUUCGUUCGAGUAGGGAUCUGGUUCCAGGAGCCUUGGUAUGGAUUACGGGCUCUCCGAUAGCAGCGGAACUGAUGAUGAUCUUCCUCCAUCACAUCAAAACAGAGGAGUUCCCAGAGGGGGUCGCCUUGCAGGAAAUGGAAGAUCUGCUGUUGUAGGUUCUGCUGCAUACCCUAGGAUGCAUACCGAUAUGGAGACCCAGAUCCACCAGCUUGAGCAAGAAGCAUACAGUUCAGUCCUUCGAGCCUUCAAAGCUCAAUCUGAUGCUAUUACUUGGGAGAAGGAAAGUUUAAUUACGGAACUUCGAAAAGAGCUCAGAGUAUCAGAUGAGGAACACAGAGAGCUUCUAACAAGGGUUAAUGCGGAUGACAUCAUCAGGAGGAUAAGGGAAUGGAGACAGGCAGGUGGACUACAAGCUAGUUUGCUCAGUUCUCAACCUGUUCAUGAUCCUGUACCCAGUCCUACUGUCUCAGCAUCACGCAAGAAACAGAAGACAUCACAAUCUGUACCUUCUCUUUCCUUGAAUGCACCAUCUCCGGCUUUUCACCCACAAACAGUAUCUGCAUCCAUGCAGCCAUCGUCUUCGGCUGCAAAGCGAGGGGCUGGAGUAGGAGCCAGGGGCAAGAAACCUAAAUCAGGUCAGUCUAUGCCUGAUACAUCCUCAAUGAAGUCCAUGCAGUACCCUUUGACAGGUGCAGCUGGAAGGGGCCAAGUGGCUAAUAGAGGUUCCUCUGGUGCCCUCGUGGCAAAUGAACCUACUGAAGCAGCAGCAUUUGAUCCAUUAAUUGGGCGGAAAGUGAUGACAAGGUGGCCAGAAGAUAACAACUUCUACGAGGCUGUUAUAACUGACUAUAACCCUGUUGAGGGAAGACAUGCCUUGGUCUAUGAUAUCAAUACAGCAGAUGAGACAUGGGAAUGGGUUAAUCUCAAAGAGAUAUCACCGGAUGACAUCAGAUGGGAAGGUGAGGAUCCAGGAAUUUCUCGUCGAGGGGGCCGUGGUGGGUCUGGUCGUGGGAUUAAGAAGUCUGUUGGCCGUGGAGGUGCUGUUCCGGGUGCUGGAAGAGGGAGGGGUACCACAAAGGUUCAGGGCAAGAAGGAUUUCCCACCUUCACAAAAUGGCAUUGGGAAAAAGAAUUCUGAUGAUAUCGAAAUUCUUCACACGGAUACUCUAAUUAAGGAGGUGGAGAGGGUUUUUGGUGCAAGUCAUCCUGAUCCCCUCGAGAUUGAGAAGGCAAAGAAAGUGCUAAAGGAGCAUGAACAAGCACUUAUUGAUGCUAUUGCAAGGCUUGCAGAUGCAUCUGAUGGUGAAAGCGAUGGCGAGCACCAGUUCUCGCAUGGGCAAUCAAUGGACCGAGAACGAGGGUGGAGAAACCGGCAAUAUGGUGGCAACCAGCACACUACAGAUUUUGAUGAUGAAAUGGGUGAAGGUAGGGGUGAAGGUUCAGAUGGGGAUCAUAUAGCUGGAGAAGGUAGAGUUGGAUCUGAUGACCAGCAAGAUGGUGAUGAGGGUGACGAUGACAUUUGAUGUUCAGUGCACCAUUUCUAGGGUUUGUACUACCAGAAAAUUCCUACCUCCCUUGUCAAGGCUAUUUUCUUGUCUUGUGCCCACCUAUGUGGAAUAACAGCUCCUUGCUUCGGUAUUUUGUGUAGUAGAGGACUCAUAGGUGGGUCUGAUCUUACCAUUGAUCCAGUAAAUUUCACCCGGGUAGGCUAGGAUUCUUUUGUAAAAUUAUUUAAGCAGUGAAUAACCUGUGGCCAUGUAACAAGCCGUCUUGGAAAUGGUUGCCUUUGGUUUUGCAGGUUGCACUUGUUUAACUUGCUAAUCUUCUCUUCUCUCUUUUUUCAAAUUUGUUCUUGCCAUUUUAGGUCUGGUAGAUGUUCUCCUUGUAUGUUUGCAAAGGAGGCAUUUUUCAUGGUGCAGAGCGUAUAUGAGCAAUUGUACUUGUACACCAGACAGACAAGCCAGGAUGAAGAACAUUUACCGAUUUAUAUACAGAUGGUGUCCAUUGA